AUGGCGGUCACUAUCGAGGAUCUCUAUCGAAGCUACGGGGUCCUUGCUGAUGCCAAGGACGACGUCAGUCAGCACAAAGAUGCCUACCAAGUCAUCCUUGAUGGAGUGAAAGGCGGGCCCAAAGAGAAGCGACUGGCAGCCCAGUUUAUCCCUAAGUUCUUCAGCAGCUUCCCGGAGUUGGCGGACGCAGCCAUCAACGCCCAGCUUGAUCUCUGCGAAGAUGAUGACGUAUCGAUCCGGCGGCAGGCUAUCAAGGAGCUCCCACGGUUUGCAACUGGUGACAACAUACUCAAAGUCGCAGAUAUUCUCACACAGCUCCUCCAGACAGAUGACACUGCUGAAUUCAACCAAGUGAACGUUUCGCUCAUUUCCAUCUUCAAGAUUGACGCAAAGGGCACUCUUUGCGGCCUCUUCUCACAGAUUCUUCAAGGGGAAGACAUUGUGCGGGAGAGGGCCAUCAAAUUUCUAUCCACCAAACUCAAGACCCUACCUGAGGACGUCAUGACAAAGGAAGUUGAGGAGUAUGUCUUUGCAGAAACUAAGAAGGUGCUGGAGGAUGUGACGGGUGAGGAGUUUGUCCUGCUGAUGCGCUUGGUGUCAGGCCUGCGCGUGUUGCAGACGGUAAGCGGGCGUCAGCAACUGGUGGAGCUGGUGGUGGAGCAGGCCUUCCUCGAGCAGGCGCUCAACCCAGCCGACCCCGACACAGUGGACCGCUUGCUUCAAUGUACACGCCAGGCACUCCCCCUCUUCUCUAAAAAUGUCCAUUCCACACGUUUUGUAACCUACUUUUGUGAGCACGUCCUUCCCAACCUCAGCACGCUGACGACUCCUGUGGCUGAGCUGGACAUCCAACUUGAGGUCCUAAAGCUGCUGGCAGAGAUGAGUCCGUUCUGCGGUGACAUGGACAAGCUGGAGACCAACCUCAACAUACUCUUUACAAAGCUUUUGGAGUACAUGCCUCUUCCACCAGAAGAGGUGGAAAACGGCGAGCAGCCAGCCAGCGAGGAACCCAAGCUGCAGUUCAGCUACGUGGAGUGUCUGCUAUUCAGCUUCCACCAGCUUGGCAAGAAGCUGCCCGACUUCCUCAUUGACAAAGUGGAUGCCGAGCGCCUCAAAGACUUCAAGAUCAGGUUACAGUAUUUUGCCAGAGGUCUACAGGUGUACAUCAGACAGCUGCGAGUGGCUCUGCAGGGAAAGACCGGAGAAGCGUUAAAGACAGAUGAGAACAAAAUCAAGGUGGUGGCCCUCAAGAUCACAAACAACAUCAAUGUCCUCAUCAAGGAUCUCUUCCACAACCCUCCGUCGUUCAAGAGCGCUAUCACGCUGUCUUGGAAGCCUGUCCAGAAAACUGAGGCGGCAGCUGUGGGUGUCAAGCGUCCAUCCAGUGAGGACACAGGCUCGGGAGCCAGCCUGAAAAAGCAAAUUGUCCCGCAGCCUCGGCGGGACGCCCGGCAAAUCUACAACCCACCCAGUGGCAAAUACAGUUCCUCCCUAGGGAACUUGAACUACGAACAGCGUGGAGGCUUCAGGGGCGGAAGGGGACGGGGCUUCGGCACCAGAGGCAACAGAAGCCGAGGGCGGAUCUACUGA